UUCUUCUUCUCUUCGAUUCAUCCCUCGUGCUUCUCAUUAACACCAACCUUUUUUCUCAUUUCUUCACCUUCUCCGAUCUCUGUUCACAUCUCUUUCUCUAAAGUUUUUAUAAUUCAUCUCCCUCUUCUGCUUACAAACCAUAUCCUCUUCAAGAAACUAAAAGAAGAACAAUCAAGAAUCAGAAAAGAGGACAACAAGACCCUGUUCUGUUGUUGUCUCUGAUGGGUUCUUGCUUCAGUUCUCGAGUUAAGGCUGAAAACCCUUUCCAUGACGACGGUAAGAGCAGUGUUCUUUACGGUCUAAGCAUGUCGAGCCGGAAAUCUUCCUCGUCAACGGUGGCUGCGGCUCAGAAGACGGAAGGGGAGAUACUUGAGUCAACGCACGUUAAGAGCUUCACCUUCAACGAGCUUAAGCUCGCAACUAGGAAUUUCAGACCGGACAGUGUGAUCGGAGAAGGUGGUUUCGGUUGUGUUUUUAAAGGCUGGUUGGAUGAAACCAGUCUCACUCCGACUAAACCAGGAACCGGUUUAGUCAUCGCGGUUAAAAAGCUUAACCAAGAAGGUCUUCAAGGUCACCGUGAAUGGCUGACGGAGAUUAACUACUUGGGACGGUUAAGUCACCCGAAUCUAGUGAAACUUGUCGGUUAUUGCUUGGAGGAUGAGCACCACCUUCUUGUCUACGAGUUUAUGCCAAAAGGAAGUCUUGAGAAUCAUCUAUUCAGAAGAGGUACAUAUUUUAAGCCGCUCCCUUGGUUUCUAAGGAUCAAGGUUGCUCUUGAUGCAGCAAAGGGGAUAGCCUUUCUCCACAGUGACCCUGUCAAAGUGAUAUAUAGAGACAUUAAAGCCUCCAACAUUUUACUUGACGCGGACUAUAAUGGGAAACUCUCUGACUUUGGACUAGCUAGAGACGGUCCAACGGGUGAUCAAAGCUAUGUUAGUACAAGGAUUAUGGGUACAUAUGGCUACGCCGCUCCUGAGUAUAUGUCAUCAGGUCACUUAAAUGCAAGAAGCGAUGUGUACAGUUUUGGAGUUGUUCUUUUAGAGAUUUUGACGGGUAAACAAGCGUUGGACGAUAACAGGCCAGCUAAAGAAGAAAGCCUUGUGGAAUGGGCUCGACCAUAUUUCGCAAGCAAACGGAAGGUUCUCAAAAUCGUGGACGCUCGGUUAGAGACACAGUACCUACCCGAAGAGGCGGUGAGAUUGGCCAGCAUUGCGGUUCAGUGUCUCUCGUUGGAACCCAAGGCGCGCCCGACCAUGGAACAAGUGGUCCGUGCCUUGCAACAACUUCAAGACAACUUGGGAAAACCAACUAAGACCGAUCCGGUUAAGGAUGCUAAGAAAGAUAGGUUUAAAACCGGAUCUAAGUUACCAGAAAGACAGUCCAAAUAAUAACCUUUUGGACGCCUAAGCCUUAAUGAGACUUGGAGAUCAGGUCAAGCUAGUGAAAUGGUAAUGGACAUUUUUCUAAUGAGUGCUUAGCACUGCGAAAAUCCGUUUAUAAACAGAUAGAGUAUGGUUAUGGAUAAACCAUGCAGGUCAGAGACUAUACUAAUAAAGGAGAAGUACUAUACCCAACCUUAGAGAACAUGUGUUUAGCCUUUAGGCUUCAUCGUGUGUUGUGGUAUCUAGUGAAAGUAUAUAUGAAUGAAGUUAUUUUCUACCUCUUGUGUUGGAACUCAUUUUUUGUAUUUUAUUUUCUGUUCCUCAAUACAUUUGAUGUAGAGAUUUUUCUUUAUCUCCAAUUUUGGAAUCGACUGUUUUCGAAUGAUACAAGUAAGAAUAGUAGAAGUUAAUCAAAGAUGCAACACUGAGAAAUCAAAG